AUGUUUACAGGAUUUAUUUUAUUCCAGGUGCCGGGAGCAUGGGCUAUCAUGAACGGCGAGAAGGUCACCAUGUUCGGAAGCACUUUGUGGAAACGAAGAAAGGUUCCACCGCCAGAACAUCGCGAAAUCAAAGUUCCCGAAGUGCCCGGUGGCAAGGUGUACGCUCACGAGCGUGGGCUUCUGUUACCAGGAAGCGAUGGUCGUUGGGUCAAUGUGGACUCGGUCAAAAUUGGUUCGAAGACGAUUCCGGCUCACAAAUACGGUUUGGAAGAGGAAGCGGGCGAAAAGUUGGUCUACACGGAAGAAGAGGCCAAGAUUGUCGAAGUUGUCAGG